UGCAAUGGCCAUGCAUCCCUCUGCUCUCGCUCGUACUCCAAUAUCACAUACCUUGGUGCUCACAACUCAUACGCUGCAGUACCCAACUCUGUCGCUUCGAAUCAGUUGGUAAACGUUACCACGCAACUCAACGACGGAAUCCGUCUUCUUCAGAACCAGGCCCAUCAGAACAAUGAGACGGGUAGUGAUGGUGUCGGGAUCAGUCUUUGUCAUACAAGUUGUGAUCUCCUCGAUGGUGGUACGAUUGAGGAGUACCUCACCGAAGUCGUUGCCUGGCUCGAAGCAAACCCAGACGAAGUGAUCACAAUCCUCUGGGUCAACUCCGACAACCUCUCCCCCUCCCUCUACGCAACAGUCUACGAAUCAACAAACCUCUCCGCAUACACCUACUCCCCUCCCACCUCCCUAACAACCCUUUCCGACCUCCCUACACUCUCCUCCCUCAUCGGGAACAAUACUCGCGUCAUCACCUUCAUGGACUCAAACGCGGAUGCUUCGAUCGUUGACUACAUCCUGCCCGAGUGGGACUUCGUGUUUGAGACGGCAUAUGAUUCGACGGAUGCCACUUUCCCGUGUGACCUUGAUCGCCCGAGUGGCGGGACAAGUGACGGGAAGCUUUAUCUGGUUAAUCAUUAUUUGGAUACGGAGAUUAUCUCUUCGGUGUUGAUUCCCGAUACAGCGGCACUCGAUACAACAAACGGGUACGCUUCGUUGCAGGCGAACUACGAGGGAUGUUAUGCGCUUUACUCUCGCCCUCCAAACUUCGUCUUGCUCGACUACUACUCCAUCCCGACAAACGGUUCAGUAUUCUCCUGGGUCGCAGAGCUCAACGGCGUCAACUAC